AUGGACGCGCCCAUUCCCCUGCCCUGGGGACUCGGGCUUGCUCCAAGGAUCAGAACCCUUCCCCCAUCCUUCAUCGUCUUCUUUCCCGCAUUUCCUGGCGGUCGAGCCUUCUCUGGAAACAAUGGAUGGAACCUGGCCAACACGCCUCCUAUGAAUAUCUCUUGGACCAGCCACUUGGCAGCCCCCAGACCCAUUCGACGAGAGCCAGCAUGGCAUCGCAUUGCCACAGAGGCAUUUACAUCCAAGUAUCAUGGAGCCUCGACUCGUAUUCUCAUGAAACGCAUUACACAUCACUCCCCCCAUUUCAAUAAACAAACCCCGAUUUCAGUGUCCCCUAAAUUGUCACCGGAAGAUGAAGUGGCCAGAUGGACCACGGUAGACAAAGUCGAGCUACCCAACGCCAAGGCUCCAAGGUUGAACUUUUUCAAGGCUUCCAAGGACAUGCAUCAAACCGCUGGCGGGCCAAUGACAGUAGCGGAGAUAGCCAGCAUGAUUAUGGAAGCAAAAGUGGCGCUUGUGAAUGGCAUGCUGCAGCUGGAUGAAACCUCCAUCACCCGGGAAGUGGACCUUCUCAGAUCUCGCAAGUUUUUUCGGCACGUGAUUCCCAUGAAGAGAAGCAUCGACAAGAAUGACCGCAUCGAGGUCGAUGGUCUUCUUGGCGGUCAUCGGAUCGCAUCGUACUUCCAGGUUCUGCACAUUUACGCAAAGGCCAAGGCAGACAGGAAAGACUCGACCGACUUGCUCUCUGCAUCCAUUUCAGAGGUGUCCGUCAACUUUGGCAGAUGGAGACGGAAACGCAGCCUGCGUCAGCGGCUCAGCCUUCAGGGCGCCCCUAACCUGUCGGAUAUCAGUGAUCAUACUGAGCCUAAGAGCGAGGCAUCACCGACCAAGACAUCCCCCCCGGCUGCUGAGCCCCUCCAGUCACCUGUCGUGCGCUUGAGCGAUAACAUGGUCACACUGCCUCCUGCCAUUGAUCGUGACGUGGAACCUUCUCCAACCAAGUCGCCCGCAACCCCGUCGACGCCUUUCAUCACUUCUCCUUGCGGAUAUUCCGCACAGGCGCCAUCCACACCAGGUCUCAAGUCAGAGUCCUUUCAGCCUACUGUUCCUGCUCAUGUUUCUCAAAUUGAAUUCGGACCCAUCGCCUCUUUCUUUCAGUCUCCGAGCUGGUUGAACGAAAGUGUCGAUACUAGGCCUAGACGGCCUAUGGAAAGGACACAUCGACGCAGAAGCGAGCCCCUACUUCGCCAAGCUUACAGGCAGCAAGCUUCCCGUCGCCACACUGCCUCUCCGCUUCGGUCUUUUGUCCAUGGCCACACUCUGUUCUGCGGCUCCGCUGCUACUGAAACCAAUCUUCUUCCGACCAGCCCGGCCACUCUAGCUGGCGAAAACACUGCUCCACCUGAUAUCGACCGCACACCAGCCAAACCUGCCUCGUCUGAUGCUACAACGACCCUGAUGACGCCUGCAAUCUGCUGGGGCAAGAUGACAGGUCGCAUGUCUGGCGAAGGUGUUCAAAGCACACCCACUCCUGCGCGGGCCCGCAACACAAGCGGCGUUCGCACCGUCGACAUGCGCCAGAAUCUUGAUAUUUUCGGAGCUGCUGCCACGUCUUGCAUGCCUUUCGCCAAUCCUUUGGCUGGCGCUCAUGAUCAUACUUUCUCUACACCAUGCGCUCCCCCUCCUACCGUCCUUCUUGCCGCCACACCUUUGGGUGUGUCUUUUGGUGCGCCUUCUGGUGCGCCUUCUACCUCACCUCUGGCCAACCUCUUGGCCCGUCCUUCGGUCGAUCCCCUUUCCACCUCACGCGUCAUUGCUCGUACCACGUCUUCCGCGACUCCUGCUGCGGUGGAUCGCCUUGCUACUAUGGCUCAGGAACGUUGUGACGGCCAGGCCAACGUCCUCGUCACUGAGGAGAACGGACGGCUUUUUGUUCGGUUUAAGCUGCCAACCAAGUAUGCGCAUCUGUUUCCUAAUGGUCGAGGCGUGGACGACUCUCGCUUUACCGUGACACCUUCGGCCAUAUCAACGUCACCACGCAUUACAUUCAAAUACCACCAACCGAUGCUGCCGCCUGUGGAUGACCUUGGCGAGGCCCGGCUUCUUCAGAUGAGGCCGUAUGAUGACAGUCCAGGACGAGACUACAUGAGGGACUUUAUCAAACGGUCAAACAAGAAGCAACUCUCGGCAACAGAAAUGGGCUCGCCCAUUGCACCAGAACGCAAACGGACUCCUCUUGUGGCUAAGAGCUCCAAUACCCCAAGCCCACAAAAAUCCAAGCGCAGGGCAGAAAACCUCAGCUCGGGCUCAGACUCCACAGUUGGUGAAUUGUCUGAGCCUCUGAUGAAAAAAGUCCGUCUACACUCGGAGGACGGGUCUGAGGACGGGUCUGAGGACGGCUUGCCGGACGGCUUGGAGGACCCGAAAGCACGCGCUCAGCAUAAAGAGCAAGCAAGCUCUGGGAUGUGCAGUGUCCCUACAGUUCCCAACACUACUGCUGCAAUUGCAGACCAUCAAGAGGACGCUGAAGGAUUGGACAAGACUGGCACCCGGCGAUCUACCAGAUUGCGGAGCCAGAGACUCAACUCUGGAAGCAAAUCUUGUAUCCCAACCGCCAUCAUCAGGCUGGGAGCCCGGCCAGGCACCGCACGCGGCGGCUUGGUCUCAAAGACCCGAAAUGAGCAGCAAGACGUGUCUCACCAAACUCGUAUGAACACUCGCAAGAAUAAGGGCAAUGCGGAGUAUCCUGCGCAGGUCUUGGCUAGGUAUCAGGAACAGCGGCGUCGCGAGGGGUCAAGCGAGGGGGGAACCAGUGAAUCCGACACAGCUGUCAAGACGAGCGACGGCGGCAAGACGGUGGUGUGGAAAACCCCGCUGGAAGCGCACCAAGAGGGCGGCAAAUGCCCCAAGGGGCGGCGCAUAGCCGUGCCCAAGAGAAGAAACCCGUUGAAGUUGCCAAGCCCAAAAGAGCAGCACGCGGCCAAAGUUGCAGCAAACCUAGGUAUGACUCAGAAUGGAACCCCGGCAAAGCCAAGCCGGAUCACACGAUCAUCAGCUCGAGCACGAGCCUAA